CCCGACCUGAUCCGACCCGGUGCUAGCUAAGUCGGUGUGGCGCCAUAGUCCCGUCUUCAUGUGGCACGUAAAAGCAUAUCAAGCCCCCGUCAGAAAGCAGAAGCAGCGAGCGUAAGGGGAUGAGAGUUGAAUCCAACAGGCUUCGCAGCAGCAGCACGGAGUGGAAACGUCGAAGAGAAUAGACAAGAAGAAGAAGACGAACACAUUUCCACCUCUCUCUCUUUCUCUCUUAAGGCAGGGCUCUACUUACAUCCAACAGCGAUGGAGGACAGGCAGGCUUUAUUUGCGUUAUUCGGCGACGCGGUGGUGAUAGUGAUGAUGAUGGUGGUGGUGGUAGUAGUAGUGGUGGGUGAGGUGUAGGGAGCUUUUCUUUGGAGGACCCCCCCUCUUCCUCCCCCCCGCUUUCUCUUUCGAAGCUGUCAGGCGGUGUCUCUUACACCCUCGGGGGUUUCCCACGCGGCAGUAGCCGCAGCAUAUGGGAGCGGUCUCGCGGGGAAUGUGUAGCAUUUCUUGCUCCGUGGUGGUGGGUGAGGUUGGCGUCGUCCGAGAGCAGUGUACGUAGAUCGGGGGUUUGUUCGUUGCGGUCGCAUUCCGACCUUUUGGAGGCUUGGAGGUGUUCAGGAGUAUAUUUUAGGUGCCGCGAACGGGCUCGGUGAUUACUCGGGCUGCGGUGACAGGUUUCUGCUUAAGAGUAGACAUCGGUUAGGGGGAGGACGGGCUGGUGUGGUAGCACAGGGGAACAGGGAAGCGGGAUUAUGAAGAGUGAAGUGGAAGAACAGCGCGAUGAUGCAGGUUGAUUUAGGAGAGGUGACAGUUCCGUGUUGUGGCCAUAUUAAUAGAGAUUGAAGGGUCCGUAUUUGAGCAUCCUGGCGUUGGACGAUCGAGGUUAGAGUUGGAAUAUCACUGUUUUUUUGAAAUAUUAUGGCAGUGUAUUGGCUGACUAUGAGCGAAAAGUGGACACGUCGAAGCAUUGGCUAUUUGCGAAUUUUGUAGACCUUUAUUGUCAUCGUUGAAGAGGUUCGUGGUUACUUUUUGGUCAAAGAAACAGGAGGAGUUGAACUCUAAAGUCUGCGUUGCUGUUGAUUGAGGGUUAGUAGCCGAGGCCCGGGGUUUUAUCCUGCAUUGCACCGGAGGCAUAAUCUUGUCUGCGCGCCUGAUAAUCAAUUUGCGAUCGCUUUGUGAAGCUUUUGGAACCUGAAGCGGGAUACAAGUUGACUGUGAUCGUUCCUUUGAAAUCGUAACCAUGGUUAUUAAGGUGAUGAAGUGGCCACUCCGCCAACUUUUCUCCAAGAAAUAUCAAGUCAAUCUUGUAUUGAACACGCUGGAAGGGUUACCUACUAGCGAUUCUGAUGAAGCCAAAGUGUACGUCGACUUGAAAUGGAAGGGACCAAAGAGUGCUCUUGGAUCCCGAUUUCGAACUAUGAAGCGGGAGAAGACCAAUGCUUUGCGCGUGGAGAACAGUGGAGAUGUAACAUGGGACCAAGAGUUUGAACACGUCUGUGUACUUACUAACGACAAAGAUGGUGUUUUUCAACCGUGGCAUGUGUAUCUGGUUCUCUGUAAGGCAUUGGCGGAUAACUCCAAAGGCAAAGUCUCUGUGUUGGGUACUGCAGUUCUAGAUCUGGGGGCUUUGGCUUUUUCCGGGACCUGUUCCAACAAUUACACAGUUUUACCUGUGACAUCCAAAAGCGGGGAUUGUUACUCUGAAGCCUCCUUUCGGGUCACCUACAGCUUUUCAGAGUUGCGAACAGUGUAUGAGGCUGGUUUUGAGAGCGUACACAGGUUGAUGGGACCUGCGAUGGCGUGUAUUGGAGGAGCCCCUUAUAAUUGGGAUCCAGAGGAUGAUGAUGUGGUGAAGGUUCAUCCGGAUGUGGAGAAAAAAAAGAAAUCCUCGAAGGAAUUAUCUAAGGAACAAGUCUUGGGUCUGAAAUCUAAGAAAAACCUCCAACUUGAGGAUGUCGAUCCAAGUGAUGGUGGAAAGUUUUCCCCUCGCAGCGAUGGAAGCGUACAGGACGCUUUGGAUCUUUUUGACUCGGAUUGGGUUGAUGAUUCUGAAGUGGAGGAGUAUGGCGAGGAAAUUGAAACAGCUAACAUUGGGCAGUUUGUCAGUUAUGGAACACUAACUGGUGUUAACCUGGUGGUUGAGGGUGCGCUGCCUCACCAUGCGGAUGAAGCUGCCAAUACUGCAACUGAUGAAAUUGAAGGUCGCGACACUAUCUAUAGUCGAGCUGCUUUCAUGGCAGUUCCUAAAGUGAAUGCGGCGCCUGAGGAGGUUUCAACGUCCGAGACUGCGGAGAUUGCGUCUCAAGGUUCCUUAAUGAGCAUGCUUUCUUGGCGUAAGAGAAAGUUGAGUUUCAGGUCGCCUCGGUCUCGUGGGGAGCCAUUACUGAAUAAAGCUUACGGGGAGGAAGGUGGAGAUGAGAUUGACUGGCAUCGACGGCAGGCAGAGUCAUCUUCAGAAUUUCCAGAUAUUACACGUCGAAAGAGCGAGGAUAGCCUGGCACUCGUCGCCGGAGCACUUGACUUUGGAGAAACGCUUUUUGCUGUCGGAACAUGGGAGCAGAAGGAUCUUAUUAGCAGGGAUGGACGGACACAGCUUUCGACAAAGGUGUUCUUUGCUUCCUUCGAUCAGCGUAGUGAAAGUGCAGCUGGGGAGAGUGCCUGCACUGCUCUUGUGGCGGUGAUAGCGGACUGGCUACACAAGCACCCUAGUCUUGUUCCCAGCAAAGCUGAAUUUGACAUGCUUAUUCGGGAAGGUUCUGCUGAGUGGAGAAAUUUAUGCACUGUGGAAGCGUUCAUAAAUAGAUUUGCAGACAGGCACUUUGAUUUGGAAACUGUCCUCGAAGCAGCAGUACGACCCCUCAGUGUGGUGCCUGAGAAGUCUUUCGUUGGGUUUUUCGUCCCCGAAGGUGUAACUCACGAGUCCUUGGAAUUCUUGCAAGAUGUGAUGUCGUUUGAUAGCAUCUGGGCUGAGGUUGAGCGAGCAGGACCAGCUAUUUACAUUGUGAGCUGGAAUGACCACUUCUUUGUCCUCAAAUUAGAAGAAGACAGAUGCUACAUAAUUGACACUUUAGGAGAGAGGCUCCAAGAAGGGGGUGAGGAGGCCUAUAUUCUGCAGUUUGAUGCAGAGACUACUCUUAGUCCUGCGCCAACUCCGAAGUCCGAAGAUUCCAAGGUUGCAGUUCAAUCAGAAGAGACUGCUGCAGAGGUGUCUGAUUCUUUGGCAUCAGUGAAAGUAGGAUCCGGCAGUGAAACAAUUUCCUCACCUGAUACUGUUGCUUUAAGCAGCGAAACUCCCAUGGAGCUAGUCGUUUCGGCUAAAUCAUUCAAUGGUGGAAGAUCAUCGUGCUGUCAGUUUAUCAAAGACUUUUUUGCUGCUCUGCCUCUACGUGAGCUUCAAAGUGAUAUCAAGAAGGGUCUACUUGAGAACGUUCCUUUACAUCAGCGGUUGCAGGUUGAAUUUCACUAUACUACUUCCAGGCCCUGCUCGGAGUUAGUCCCUGUGUGAGGUGUUUGCUGAGGAGGUCCUCGUUAGUAUUGUUCCUGAUGUAAUGGCAGAAAGCAUUAGAUCGAAGAAGACUCAACCAUCGCACAAGAGUCGUUCUUCCAUGUAUGUUUCACUGUUACCAGCUUACACAGAUGAGUGUUUAUGGUAAGUUGCAAGAGACUUUUAUUAUGCUAAGGUAUGGUACCUCCAAAAUAAUUUUGGAAAUUUAAUCAGUCAUUCACGUCGUUGGGAAGAGUCCGAUGCCAAUGAUUGGCUACUGAAGGAGGUGCUGAAAAGCUUUGGAAGGAUUGACCAGUUUCAGAUGACAAGAAGAAAUAACUUACUAGCAUGAAGUGGUCCUGCGUGAACACUUUUAUUUGCAGUUGUACACUAGAAGCCAGCUUCUAACCUCUGUGGGUGAUACUUUCAGACAUACUUUCAUCUGUGUAGAAGUAACAGCAGACGUAGGUUGGCUCUUUUGGGACUUUAGUGGCCUUAACGUCCUUGUACACGAUCCAUUUUUUUUUCUCUCGCAUGAAUACAUCUGAAAAUUGGUCAAA